UUAAAAUGUCCUGAAAUCAUUACUUUUAAUAUACAAAUUUUUUGUUUAUUUUGUCGUAAAAAAUAUUUUGGAAGAUUGCUGCAACAUGCUAAUAGUGAGUUAUUUUCAGGAAUUCGUGACGCACAGCCUGAAAAUUGAUAGCUGUACGUUAAUAUACUAUUUCAGACUUUGUUUACGUAACAAGAAAAACUUAUAAAAGUCUAAAUACAUCAAUAUUAGUUGAGACGUGACAAUUAGGUCUGUUACUGCUUUAGAUAGAUAAACGAUACAGAAAAAUAGUCAUGCAAAAACAAAAUUAGUGUUAUUUUCUUGUAAUUAGUGCUCAAAAAUCUCAUACAGGUGUAACUUAGAGCAUCAUUCAGCAACUUCUGAAAAUAACUCAUUGCGUAAACGGAAGCGUGCGCACGAAAGGUUUGACACCAAUUUGAAUUUAAAAUUGUUUAAAAUGUCGCAAGUGUGUGCUAAUAAAUUACCAUUCAUGGUGAAAAGAGAUGAAGUUUUGGGCCGGUGUAUUGUGGCGACUCGAGAUAUCCAACCAGGGGAAGUUAUAACAGAGAGUCUUCCUUUGAUUGUGGGGCCUAAGAUGGCAAGUCCGCCGUUAUGUCUCGGUUGCCAUAAGAAACUAGCUUUAGCUGAGUUGAGGUACGAUUGUAGUAAAUGCUUUUGGCCUCUUUGUGGCCAAGCUUGCGAAAAUUUGCCACUACACCAAGCGGAAUGUGAGAUUUUUGCCAAAGCUGGAUAUAAACCCACCGUCAAAAACGAUAAUACCAAACAGACGGUUUAUUGUUCAAUAGCCCCGCUUCGAGCUCUUCUCCUCAAACAGAACUCACCUGAGGAGUUUAAACUUCUUUUGGACUUCCAAUCGCACCUUGAAGAACAUGAAAAGACUCAAAUCUAUCAAGUCCUUAAGAAAAGUCUAGUCCCUUUUUUCACCCAAGUCCUCAAACUUGAUACUAACGAACGUGAAAUUUUGACGAUUUGUUCGAUUUUUGAUACUAACUGUUUUGAGGUUCGUGACACUCAGAGAUUGGUUAAUAUUCGGGGAUUGUACCCUUUGAUUUCGUUUUUGUCCCAUAAUUGCAAACAUAACACCAAACAUUGCUUUAUCAAUGAUAAUUUUCGCUUAGUUCUCACAGCAUCAACGUCGAUUAAAGAAGGAGAAUUGAUUACCACGACUUACACUCAGACUCUUUGGGGCACUUUAUCUCGACGAAGUCACUUGAAAAUGGCCAAACACUUUGACUGUUUGUGUGAAAGAUGCACAGAUCCGACGGAAUUUGGGACUUACUUAAGUGCAGUUAAUUGUAACGUUUGUGGAGAUGGCAGUAAAGUUACAAGUUGUGACCCUUUAAACUCUGAGGCUAACUGGCAUUGCGAAAAAUGCGGUUUUGUGAUAACCGGAGGCGACAUGGUUUGGGGAAACGAAGUACUACAAAAAGAGUUAACUUAUUUGGAUAAAAAAAAUCCAGAGAGUUUGGAGGAGUUUUUGGAGAGGUAUGCAGAAGUAUUGCAUCCCAGGAACUCCUACUCUUUGCAAGUCAAAUACGCACUUUGUCAAAUCUACGGAAACUUGGAUGGAUUUAAGCUUGAGGAGUUGUCGCUCAAGUUGAUUGAUCGGAAAAUUGAGCUUUGUAAAGAAUUGUUAGAAAUUGCUGAGGUUUUAGAACCGGGACAGUCGUGGUUUCGAGGAUUACUUUUGUACGAUUUAUUCGAAGCACUAGUGACCAAAGAUGAACGCAGAGGAAAAGAAAUUGAAGAAGAAACAAAAAAUUAUUUGAUGGAAGCUGCUGAAAUUUUUAAUUCGGAACCAGAUAUGAGAGAUAAUAUUCAACAAAAACUGAAAAACUUAUAGCGAGUUGAAAUAACUUGUUUAAGAUAUUAGGAAAUACUGACACUACUUAUAGUACAAUGGCGAGCAUAAAAUUUUGGUAGAUAAUGUCAUUUUGAAACUUCAUCUGUUUGUCAAAGAAAGUAGUUUCCCUGUGUAAUUUUGACAAGAGGGUAUAUUAGGGAAUGACAUUGACUACUAAAAUUUAAUACUCUCCAUUGUACCUAAUGUCACAAUGAAAAUGUAAUGAAGGCUACGAAUAUUUUAUUGCAUAUUGAUAGUGUUAUACUUAACCAAAAAUACAUAUUAUAUCUAACAUCACUACAAUAAAACGCAUAUUGUUACAUACCGCAAAAUAAAAAAGGUUUAACAUGUCGUUAUUCCUUGUUAUAGUACCUAUAUUAUACUCGUACAUACAUUUAUUUCACUGUUUUUACUCGCAAAUUUAGAGUUGAAGAGUUUCUUGAUGUUUGUAGUGUUUCCUUAAAGGUAAAUACAGAUUUCGAUUAUAUUCCAGCUUUAAAGAAAUAGAUAUUUUUUUAUUGAAAUGUAAAAAUCUUGUUUAUUAAGCUUUUUUGAUAAC